CCGGACAUCCAUCAACCCUAGCUAAUCAGACUCACGCCCAUCUCCUUCCCCUCAUCACCCGGCCUUUCCUCUCCGUCGUUUUUUUUUGAAGAAUGCCUUGCGGUGUAAGGGCGCUUGUGCCACCGGUAAAGCUACUCAAAUAUGAUUUUUCGAAGGUCUGCCCCUGCAACGAAUGUUCCGAGAAGACAAAGGCGAUUGUGGAAUUCGACAACUAUCUACACUCUAAAUUUGCCCAAAUCCAGGCACCUUAUACACAACUGUUUUUUGAUAUCGAACGCUUUACGCCUCUUUUAUCUGCCUUUUGGGAGACAACACAGACAUGGACUUGUCUUCAACAUAGCCUUAAAAGUCUACACGAGAAGUCCGGGGUUCCGCUCAGAAGAAGUAAAUCUGAAGAACAUAUAAGAGAUGUAUUCAAUCAAACUGGUACUUUCCUAGUAAAUGAAGGGGAACUGGAUAAAUUUGUGCUUCAAGAUGAAUGUGAGGGUCAUGAUGAUAAACCCACUCAUCUUGAUGAUAAAAUAUUUGCUAUGUAUUCGUGGUUCGAAUUCACCAAAUUUAAGGAUGUUGUGCAUAACAUCCUCAAGAAGAUGAAAGAGCUUGAAAAUCAAGAAGAUCAAGAUGGGAAGUCUGCUGAAGAAGGAAAAAUGUCUCUGAACCUUUCAAACUCUAAGAGGCACUUGGAAGACCAAAUGAAGCUUUUCAAAGGAUUGCCAUUUGAAGAUAUGUGCGUAGAGAUUAAAAGGCUUGUGAGGAGAGGAGGUGAAAAAUAUCGAAACUUGGUUGAAGACGCUAUGGAAGUAAUCUGGGAGACCUAUCGUGCUCGGGUUGCUAUUAGAAGGAGCUUUCACGAACAAUCUGAAAUGAUCUCUCGCCACCCGUGCAAUAUGGAUAGAGAGAAACACCUGCCGAAUGAAUUGGGAGAUUUUCUUGAUUCUUUACUCAAUCAGGCUAAAACAUUUAGAGAAGUGUGGGACAGUAUCGAGGGAAGACUCUUUGGUCCAUCUGAAGAACCAGACCCUAAGAGACAAAAGUCAUAGCACUCAGAGCAAACGUGCUCUAAUGUAAAAUACUGAUCUAGGAAGACUGGUCUAAGAAGACAAUGAUCGGUUUGAACGGUGGUGUGGCAUGAUGAGUUAACGUGAAAGACUUUGACUGGUUAUAUAUAUAUUUAUAUAAUUAUUUGAGUUUUUAAAUUUGAGCAAGUCUCUUUUGUUUGUUUAUAUUAGUAAAUCCGUGAUGCAUGUGGAUGUUAUUUAGCUAUCAUGGAGUCAUAUUUUUAUGAGUUACUUUACAGCUUAAACCAUUGUUAUAGUGUGGUUGUCUAUACAUAUGCUUUUGUGCCCUAAACGUAUUAAUUGAACAUUGUAGACAGAAGCUCCAAAUAGGGAUGGCCUGUUUUGGGUCAGGCCCGGGGUGCGGGCGGGCUUAGUUUUUCUGGGGUGAAGCCUGCACCGGCCUGGGAAAUGGGAAUCAACCGUUAGUGGG